AAUGGCAGGAUCAAAUCGGAAAGGGUAAACAGCUCCUCGAACUUUAAUUAGCUGUGCGACUUCGAUUGCAAAAUCCCUCAAAGCAGGUUGUCUUCCCAGGACUAGUUGAAGCUCGCAAAGGCUGCUUCAGAAUUAUAAUAAGCCAUCGACCUUACAAAAGUAGAAUAUCUAGGAAAUAGCUCAGGACUCUUAAACUCCGCAGAAAGACCAAGCAAAAUUAUUCCAGCCGUCGCAAAACUUCCAACUCGUUGCCAAUCUAAUCGGCAUCACUUUACAACCCCGCCAUCCCCUGCCUCCAUCUCUUCUUCUACCAACCAUGGCGACAGAUAUCCAGCAAACGCCUUUCGUCAAGCAGCUUGCUGCCAAUGACCGACCAACCCGCGAUGCUGCCCUGGCCUCCCUCCGCACCUACCUCUCUGGACGUCGCGAACUCCCCGCUUUAGAACUGCUCAAGCUCUGGAAAGGUCUAUUCUAUUGUAUGUGGAUGUCCGACCGGCCACGCACGCAACAGGCUCUCGCCAACUCGCUCGCCGACCUUGUCUCCGUCCUACCCUACACGAGCGUGAUCCCAUUCCUCAGAGCAUUCUGGCAGACAAUGCAGAGGGAGUGGACGAAUAUUGAUGUCUUGAGGAUGGAGAAGUUCUUGUUGCUGGUAAGGAGAUAUCUGGGUGCGACGUUCAAGGUGCUGAAGGAAAGUGGAUGGGAGGAGGGGAUUGUGAAAAUUCAUGUGGAGUUGCUGUUGGAGGUGCCGUGUAAUGUGACGGAUGUCAGGGUUCCUAAUGGGAUGCGCUUCCAUGCUAUCGAUAUUUAUGUGGAUGAGUUGGAGAGGGUCGGGUUAUUGGAGGAGGAAGGGAAAGAGGAGAUCCUAGACAGGGUGUUGGAGCCAUUGAAGGGAUUGCAGAGAGGGAGUCCGACCAAACCAGUCAGAGUGAAGGCUAAAGAGGCUUUGGAGGAUGAGCGAUUACCUGGGAAUGAGAAAGCGGAAGGAGAAACUCCGAAGGAGGAUGAUGGAUGGGGUGGCUUUGAGGAUUGA